AUGGAAGACAUCAAUAACGUUAAUUAUUUUGAUCCCUAUUCUACCGAUUCUGAUAGUGAAUCUUCAGAUAAAAAAGAAAAAUUUCCUAUUCUUAAUUUUGAUAGCGAUACUUACCAAGACAUUAAAAAUGAAAUAUUACAGCUGGAUAGUGAUAAUAAUGAAGAUUAUGAUUUUAAUGAUGAAAUAGAAGAAAAUACAUUUAAUGAGUUGGAUGAAGAAAUGGACGAAAUUUUAUCAGAUCAGUUUGUAGAAGAUGAUAGAUAUACACUCUAUAAAGGAUUUAAAGAAACAAACUGUAAUGAAAAACAUGAUGAGUUAAUUAGAAUUUUAGAAACAUUCAGAAAUUGGAUUCAGUUAGUAGCAAAAUCCAAUAAUGAAUUACAAAAACAACAACUUAUUUGGUCAUUGCUACCAGUACUUGAGUCACUUAAGACAUAUUUGCCGCGAGAUUUGAUUUAUAAACCAAUAGAUCCUUCCAAAUGA